CACUGAUGAUCAGUGUGCCCUGAUGAUCAGUGUAGCCCCAGUUGUGCCGGCUGUCAGUGGCCAUCAAUGCCAGCUGUCAGUGCUCAUUAAUGCCACCUGCCAGUGCCCAUCAAUGCCACUUAUCAAUGCCCAUCUGAGCUGCCUAUCAGUGCCACCUAUCAGUGCUGCCAAUCAGUGCCACCUGUCAGUGCCGCCUAUCAUUGCCAGUCAGUGCCGCCUAUCAGUGCCCGUCAGUGCUGCCUAUCAGUGCCAUCAGUGCCACCUUACAGUGCCACCUUUCAGUGCCGCCUAUCAGUGCCAUUAGUGCCUCCUCAUCAGUGCCCAUUACUGCAGCCUCAUUAGCGCACAUCAGUGAAGGAGAAAAAUCACUUAUUUACAAAAUUUUGUAA